CCCAAUAACCCAAUUACCUAUAACCUAACCUACCCAUUCCAACAAAAUAAACAAUAAACUACUAAUAAAAAUAAAAUCAUUUAAGACAAAACUGCUGACAGCUAGUUGAGUGGUAAAGAAAUUAGUAUCGUGAACUCGAAAUUCUUACCUGUGGUUGCCUAAUAAGUUAUUACACUUACCUCAAUAUUAAUUGUUUUGUCAAUGUGACUAACCUCCAACAUGUUCAAGUAACUAGAAGCGGCAAACUUACUUGGAGAAGAGAUAAUCUUUUUUGGACAAUGAGUAAGAGCAAUACAAUUAUUUGUGCUGCUAAAAACUGCUAUAGUUCAUUAGUGACACACCCAAAUAAAAGUUUCUUUGGUUUUCCCACUGACACAUCUUUAUGUAAAGUAUGGUUGGAGAAUACCGGAAGAACUGAUUUACAAACCAAACAAGUUAGCAAAAAUAGAUAUUGGAGACUCUGUGAAGACCACUUUGAGGAUAAGUGGUUUACUGAUGGCACUAAAAAAGUUUUGAAAAGAAGACUCAACCCUAUACCAACUGUUUUAGUCAAUAAUAUUUGCAGUUUGGUUCCAUCAAGGUCUGAAUCGCUAGUCAAUAAUAUUUGCAGUUUGGUCCCAUCGAGGUCUGAAUCACAGUUAUCACAGUAUAAAGGAAAAAUCAUAACCAUGUAAUCAAUCAUUGUUCUAAAAACUAAUGAAUCUACGGUCACGAUGAACAUAAGACAUAUUGAGCUUCCCCUCAAGUUGCUAAAUAAUAUUAGACCACUGUACCUCUACUCCUGAUGAUUUCCUAAGCAUUGAAUUGCUUGAAGGAGACGUUAUGGAUAAGUGUAUUUUUGACUUUGGUGAAUUUUCUGUUGAGAAGCCGCAGUUUCCUCUAACGUAUUACACCAAGCCACUUUUGGAACCUAAAGAGUUGAGGAGUCUAACAUUGAAAAUAUCAGAAAAUCCAUACAGCGGACAACAUGAUCUGCUAAUUUUAUGCAGAUUCUGUAUGAAUGAGGCACCUCAUUCCUAUGUUGAACUUUUCUCUAACACUGCUGAUGCAAAGGAAAUCAGAAAAAUUAGUGAUAUAGUUCUACUAAAAAAGGUAUCAAUUUGUGAUGGUCUACCCCACAGAGUGUGCCAACAAUGUACAAUUGAUCUUAAAAAUUGUGCAAAUCUAAUCGAGAAAUUCCAGAAAGCUGACGAAUAUUUUAGGUCCAUUACAAAGUAUUGCUUGUUUAUUGAAAAUGACAAUGUCUCAGAAAUACAAAUUGAAAAGGAAAAUACAACGGACGUAUCAAGUAAUAAUGUCAUUGUUCAAUAUCUACCAAAAACUACUAGUCUAAAUCUACCAAAAACUGUUAUGGGUUUGCCUGGAAGCUCUGUUAAAAGAACUUCAGAAGAACCUUACAAUAUUUCAACUGGAAUAGAUGUUUCAAAUUCUUCAAAAUUCAAGAUUGAUCAAAAUCCAUCCAAGUACCUCCAAACAUAUAUGAACAGUGAAUUAAAAAACUUCAACUGGCCAGAAAGAAGUUUAAAUAUUGAUGACACUGAGAGUCAAAGUCCACUUAAUUUCAACAAACCAAACCAUUUACAUUUAGAAAAAAACUUGAAGUGUUACAAGAAAAGAAAACUACUUCCAGAUAAAGAAAUUCCAAGCAAAAUAGCUGUGUUGACCCAAGAACAUUUUGAUAAUAACGGAACACAGGAUUCAACAAUUCAUAUGUCUAAUUAUAAAAUUGUAAAUUUUGAAGAAAUUGAUUAUAUAAAUCGUCCAUGUUCAAUUUGUUCAGAAGUAUUUAAUUCAGACCAAUCAUUAGAAAAGCAUUUGAAUGAAACACAUAAUAUGUAAUUAUUAAUCACAUAUACGCUACUUCCAACUUCAUACAAUACCUCAUGGCACUAUUUUGCUUGCCAAGUUUUUACAUUAAAACUAUAAUUCUGUUAACUUUAAACCACUAACGUAUUGAGAUUCUAUGUUCUUUUAUUUCAGUACUUGUAUAUUUCGAUUUGAGUCUAAAGAUUUUGUGGGUUUUAUUUUAAUUGUAAGGUAAAUUGUACCUAGCAUUUAAAUUAAAAUCGACACCAAUACUUGGUUAAUAUCACAAUCAACCUGGAAUAAUCAUUGUUAAUAUAGGUGUUUGUGUAAACAGUGUGUGCUGAACAAGUCAUUUUUUCAUUUUAUAUAUUCAGCAUUUGCUGAUUUGCUCAUAAUCAUGAUAUUUAUAAAACUGCAAAUCAGUUGUGGUUUCUGUAUCUGUUGCAAGUACAUUAUCUGAACUUUUUAAACACUUGAAACGGAUGGCACCUGUACCAUAAUGUAACAGCUGUGUGCAAAAACAUACCUAGCAAUAUGAUCCUGAGUCAUGCUAAAAUGCCAUAAAAACUUAAACUUUCAUGGCACUAGGGUCAAAUUUCUUUUGUAUAACAAAUAGAGAAUUUGUAUUUGUAACAAUAUAAUUUUUACACAAAA